GCCCGGCCUAGCGGCGGCGGCCACCACAACCACCGCAGCCACCGCGCAGGUUCCCGGAAGAGGAGGAGGAAGUGCGGCGCCGCAGGCUGCAUGGAGCCCAACGUGCGCUUCUGGAUCGCCGAACACCAAUCUUUUGUUCGAAGAUUUCUCCAGUGGACAGAAAUAUUAGACCCUACAAAUCUGGUCAUUUCCGUUGAAAAGAUAGAGAAGUCAAGGCAGCUGCUGUUCACCAGUGACGAUGCCUCCAGGCCUGAUUCAGGAGACCACAGGGUACAAGAAGCGUGGAAGCGGAGUCUGUCAACAGUGCAUCCCGACAGCAGCAAGCUGAUCCCCGCGCUCUUCCGGCCUGCGGCUUUCCUGCCUUUCACGGCGCCCAUGGUGUUCUGGUCGAUGAUGCCAGCGAGGGGACUGAAGUCCCUGAUUUUACCGCAGGUAUCCUUGUACGCCUACACCUCAGCCUUCAACUUCAUCAACGGAAACGCCAGUUACAGUCGCCAUCCGGUGGAGAGCCUUUUCCUCGGGACGGGAGCCUUUGCUUCUUCAGCCUUCUUUGGGUUAAUCCCUCAUUUGGCCCAAAUGAAGUACCCCCUGGAUAACCUGUUCAUCAGAAGAGCCUUGCCUAUCAUCUUUAUCGCCCAAGUGAGUGGAAUAAACGUGUUUGCAUCCCGAAGUUUUGAGCCCGCUCGAGGGAUUGAGGUCAUGGACAAGGAAGGCAAUGUCAUAGGCCUGUCCCGAAGAGCCGGGAGAAAGGCCGUUAGAGAAACAGCGCUAUCCAGGGCAGUGCUGUUUGGGACGUCGGCGCUUAUUCCUGAAGUCUUCACGUACUUUUUCAAGCGGACCCAGUUCUUCCUGAAACACCCGUCGUCGCUGUGGUCCUUGAAGCUGUCUUGUACCAUCCUGACCAUGGGGCUGAUGGUGCCGGUUUCUUUCAGCAUGUUUCCCCAGGUCGGCCGGAUCCAGAGCGCCAAGCUGGAGGAGGACAUCCGGUCGUCAACUGAAGAAACGGAAGUCUUCUAUCACAGGGGCGUGUAGGGGCGCUGGGCCUUGCUCGUCCAGCUGCCAGCAGACUCCCGGAGACCCCACAGGUGCCCGUGACAGGUGCUCGACCAUGCCACGCUGAGACAGCAGCCUGGCCGGCUGUGUCUGGGGUUUUGAGGCUGCCGGAAGAGUGACAGGCAGGUGGCCUGACACCCUCCAGGGACGAAGGAAGAAUUGGCCUGGGAAAAGAUACUAUGAAAUUCCUAAUAAACUUCUGCAAGUUGAGAAUUGGAAAAACCAAGCGAAGGGCCCAGCGUGCGCAGGACACACGCGUUAAAUUGAUCGCUCAUCCCCAGAGGGACAUGGUGAACCCCAGCGGGCACCUCCAGCCCACACGCUCCUACUUGCCCACUCAGCUACUUGAUUCUGGACAGCUCCAAAAAUCUUGUGCCACCUGCCCCCAGCUCCUCCUCUCUCCUCACUGACAGAUAACCCUGGUUCCUCCCACCGUGAAAGCCAAGGCAAACGAGCAGUAGUGUCCUUGUACCCCAUCGGCAAACCCCCUGCACCCACAGCCAGCCCGUCCCCUGCAAGGUCAGCGCUCCCCCAGGCUCUGGGCCUUCUCUCCUCAGGGCCUUGCUCUGCUCUGCCCUCCUGUCUGGUCCCAGCCUCCUUCUGCCUCCUUCCCAGUGUCAUAUAAACCGCUACAAUUUUUUAAAUUAAAAAAAAAAAAAAAAAGGUGCACACUGGGAGGCAGCAAGUCACGGCUCCAGUUCUCGGGUCCCCGCACCCACAUUGGAGACUUGGUGAAUUCCUGGCUCCUGUGUUUGGCCUGGCUCAGCCCAUGCUGUUGAGGGCACUUGGGGAAUGACCCAGCAGGUGAAAGAUCUUGCUCUGUCUCUGCCUUUCAAGUAAAAAUAAUAA